AUGUCUGCAGCUCCCGCCAGCAAUGGAGUGUUUGUCGUCAUCCUGCCAAGCAAUGCCAGUGGCCUCUGCCCACCUCCAGCCAUUCCGCCCACAUCCAUGUGCCAACCUCCAGGGAUUAUGCAGUUUGAGGAGCCACCACUGGGGGUACAGAUACCAAGGGCCACACAGCCACCUGACUUGCAGCCUGUGGAGACAUUCCUGACAGGAGAGCCCAAAGUUUUGGGGACGGUGCAGAUCCUCAUCGGCCUCAUCCACCUGGGCUUUGGCAGCGUGCUGCUCUUGGUUCGCCGCGGCCACGUGGGCAUCUUCUUCAUCGAGGGCGGUGUCCCCUUCUGGGGAGGAGCCUGCUUCAUCAUCUCCGGAUCCCUCUCAGUGGCAGCUGAGAAGAACCACGCCAGCUGCCUGGUGAGGAGCAGCCUGGGCACCAACAUCCUCAGCGUCGUGGUGGCCUUUGCUGGGACAGCCAUUCUGCUCAUGGAUUUUGGUGUUACUAACUGGGAUGUGGACAGGGGCUAUCUGGCUGUGCUUACUAUCUUCACCAUCCUGGAGUUCUUCAUCGCAGUCACUGCCACUCACUUCGGGUGCCAAGCCACCCAUGCCCAGGCCAGUGCACCUGUGAUCUUCCUGCCAAACGCCUUCACCGCAGACUUCAACAUCCCCAGCCCGGCAGCCUCUCCACCCCCUGCCUAUGACAAUGUGGCAUAUGCCCAAGGAGUCGUCUGAGUAGCAGAUGUGGCACCUGCGGGUGGAGUCCAGCCUUUUCCCUCUGGGCCCAGCCUCUCCCCACCCCCACCUUGUUCAUCAGGGGCCAGCCCCAUCCCAGCUGCCCUCCCUCACCACAUCCACACAUGCUCCGGCAUCUGAGUGAAGCGUGCCCAGGGACGUCU